AUGUGUGACUUUCAGACCAUUAAGACGUAUGCAUGGGGUGCUGCUGUGCUUGGAUAUUUGUAUCGCAAUUUAUGCACCUCUACAGAUUACAAAACGCCAAGUUGUGGUGGAUUUACACUUUUAUUGCAGUUAUGGGCAUGGGAACGAUUCCCAACCAUUUUGUCUUCUCCAUUUCCACCUAUUCCUCCAGCUUGUCCUGUUGGUUUAAGGUGGUCCAACACAGCCACUAAAAUAAGCAUGAGCGAUGAUAUUAAAUUUUAUCGCAAAUUCUUUGAUCGGUUGACCAGAAAAUCUAUUAUUUGGCAACCAUAUCCGCCUUUGGAACAGAUGCCCGAGGACUGUACACAGGGGAUUCGUAUUUGGGGUUCUGUAAUCCCGUUACUUUCUCUGUGUAUUUGUGAAUGGCAUCAGCCUGAUAGGGUCAUGAGGCAAUUUGGUUACCAACAACCAGUUCCAAAUCCUCCAAUGACUCCUGCUCAUGUGCAUGCGUUGACCCUGCGGGGAAAGACUGAUGACGAUUGGACUACAAUAUUAAGUCCAGCACUUGAGCACUGGGCCAAUCGAUAUGCAUACCACUUUGCACCUACUUCUCCACAGGUUGGACUAUUAGGUCCAAAUUCUGAAUACAUGAGGUGGUAUCGCAGAAAGGGGAAAUUGUACAUUGAUCCUGAUGAAGUUAAAGACUCGAUUGUGAUAUCAUCAUAUUCCAGAAAACUUGCCUGUGGAAAGCACCAUCAGGUAGGUGCAGCUGCCACAUAG